AAAAAUUUUAGGUUUUCUCAUGAUCAAACUUGACAUAACGUUUUUUCCCCAGCAAUCGUUACCGUAAAAAGCUUGUCUAAGAUCUAGCCAUGCCACUAAGCACCAAAUUCCGCAAUAUUGAAGCACCGAGCUGCGAAUGCUCUGCAAAAUGCUGGAAAGCAUUCCUGAAGCGAGAAUUGCUCUUAAUCCUUACGGUUCUUGCCGUUGUUUUUGGUUUGGUGCUCGGUAUCGCAAUGAGGGAAGCGAAUCUAUCCAAACUGGACAUCGCUUAUUUUGCUUUUCCGGGGACACUUUUUGUGAGAAUGCUAAAGAUGGUGAUCGUUCCGAUUAUUAUCUGCAGUCUUGUGACUGCUGUGUCAACUAUACCGAAGACAGCAGCUUCAAAAUUGGGUGGCCGGGCAGUGCUUUAUUACAUCACAACCACACUUCUUUCCGUAAUAAUGGGAAUCAUUCUUGUCGUUUCCAUUAACCCAGGCGGUCGGCUGGUACACAAUAGAACAGGCUCCAUCCGCAAAGCGGAACCAGUCGACACUUUAUUAGAUCUUGUGAGAAACCUUUUCCCGACAAACAUAGUAUCUGCAACUUUUACCCAGGAAUUUACAACAAGAGUUCCAAUCACCACCAAAAUGAACGUAUCUGUCAUGGUACAACCAACAAUGGCGAAUACCACAGCCGCAUAUAUGACUGCUGUAUCAGAACAAGACGUGGUUAUCGAUUAUAGACUGGUCACUGCAUCCAAGUCAGGCUUGAAUGCGUUGGGCCUUAUCUGCUUCUGUCUUAUCUUUGGGGUGAUUAUCGGUCAAAUGGGUAAAGAUGGCGAAGUCGUCGUCAAGUUUUUUUCGGGCGCUAACGAGGCUGUUUUAAAAAUGGUUCGCAUGGUGAUCUGGUAUGGGCCGAUCGGUAUAAUGUUUCUUAUUGCUUCCAAGAUUAUGGCAAUGGAAAAUCCAAAUCAGGAACUUGCUCGCUUUGGCUUAUACAUGGUAACAGUUAUAGUCGGCCUGAUCAUCCAUGGUUUUAUAGUUCUGCCGAUCAUCUAUGCAGUUAUCGUAAGGAAAAAUCCGUUCAGUUAUCUAGGCGGUGCACUGCAGGCGCUCCUUACAGCUCUCGCUACAGCUUCAAGCUCUGCAACCCUGCCCGUGACAAUAACCUGCGCGGAAAAAAAGAACAAUAUAGACCGUAGAGUUGCAAGGUUCGUUCUGCCAAUCGGGGCCACAAUUAACAUGGACGGGACAGCACUGUACGAGGCGGUGGCUGCCAUUUACAUUGCUCAAGCUAACGGCAUUGUUCUUAACUUUGGUCAGAUUAUUGCAGUAAGUUUAACAGCAACAGCGGCAAGCAUUGGAGCCGCAGGUGUACCACAAGCAGGUCUAGUCACUCUGAUUAUCGUCCUAGCAGCAGUUGGACUUCCUGCUGAUGACAUUGAACUUAUUCUAGCAAUCGAUUGGCUAUUGGAUCGGUUCCGCACUUCGAUCAACGUUUGGGGAGACUCUGUUGGAGCUGCUGUCGUAAAUCAUCUUUUGAAGGAUGAUUUUAAACAAAUGGACGAGGAUGAACUGUCGUCGAGUGAUGGUAACGGAAGCACCAUUAAGCAUGAUCAUGUAUACGAUAAUGCAGUUAUGGAGGUGGAAGAAGCAAGCUCAAAAAUGUAACUCGGUGGCGAAGCGGAGACAUUUUGUAUAUUGCAACUAUUUCUUGUACAAUCAUGUUCUUGUACAUGUGUUAUGCACUAAUUGUAAUAUAACUUAUCGUGGUAGAAAUUGUAAUAAGAUAAUAAACUUACUAAUCAAACAG